CAGGAAACUCAUAUUACAACUCAGCAGAUCACCGCGCAGAGCCCAGCUCAGCCCUUCUCCUCGGAAAACAACAACUUCAUUUACAGAAACAAACAAGGUGAUUUGAGAGAAUAAUCGGUGAGAAGCUAAGAGGGGGGCUCUCCGAAGACAGAACGAGGGGAAGGACAAACAAAAGAGUGAUCCGGAGAUUUGAGUGAAUUACAGGCUGUUUCCUGGGGAUCAGCAGGAGAGCAAGGGAGAAUGUCAGCUGACAGCUUGUCAAGCAAAGCCCUAAAGAUCAAACGGGAGAUGGGUGAGAACACGCCGCACCUUUCAGAUGAGGAGCUAAUGGGAUUGUCAGUGCGGGAACUGAACCACCACCUGCGAGGCCUAUCCAAGGAGGAGGUGGCGCGACUGAAGCAACGUCGGCGCACGCUGAAGAACCGUGGCUAUGCUGCCAGCUGCCGAGUCAAACGGGUGUGUCAGAAGGAAGAGCUGCAGAAGCAGAAGACAGAGUUGGAAAGGGAAGUGGAUAAGCUAGCGCGUGAGAAUGCCGCCAUGCGCCUUGAGCUGGAUGCCCUGCGUGGCAAGUAUGAGGCCCUGCAGGGCUUUGCUCGCACAGUCACCGCUCAUGGCACUACUGCCAAGGUAGCUACUGCCAGCGUCAUUACUAUUGUCAAAUCUGGCUCCAAUCAGGCCACAUACUCCUAGUGCCUACAAAGCAAGUUGCGAACUGAGUCCUGUUGCCAUGCCUCUGCCCAGCUCUCACCUUGAACAGCUGUAACUGCACUGGCCCUUCCUCUUCCUCCACAUUUCUUCUGCCAUCUGAAGGAGACAGAAUUGGCUUGAAGACAAAAUGGUUGAAUGUCGAGCUUCCUCCUCUGCCUGUUACCGUCACUGGGAGAUGGCGGGAAGGUUGUGCAUAAUUGUAGUUGUUAUUGUUAUCCAUGGAUCUGAAUGCAGUGGCCAGUUCCCCCACUUUUUCCUUCCCCAAACCACUUUUUUCCCUUUUAUGUUUGUCAAGUUUUCUUCUCUUAUCUUUCCACAUGUUCUUCAAGCUAAUGUAGUAUGAUAGGUCUAGAGAUGAUAUCUCUGUUAUAGUUGAGAGCAGAGCUUCAGAAAAUAUUUGAUUGUGAGGGUAGCAAAAAGGAAAUAACUUCUAUGUGAUGAAGCAAAAUGGAUGUUAGGUUGAAACCUUCUUGUUCAUAAUUAGAAAUGCACUUAAUGAACUAUGUAUAUCACCAGAAGUUACCAAAUUCCCAAAUCUCUUAGUGGCCCUGCUCUGACAAAGCCCUGCAGGCCCAUGUUGUGCCUCUGCCUUCCCUCUUCAUUGUAUACUCUCUGACUCAGAAAUUCCCUGUUCCCGUCAGUUUGGAUUUGGUGUUAUUUGAACCAGCUCUAAUAAGAGCAAUCCAAAUCAGAAUGAGCUUUGGAUUAGUGGACAUGCUUAAUAUGAGGAAAGGAAAAAGGAAACUAGUUCUAGCAAGGGACAAGAAGGCAGUUAUUGCUGUGUGAUCAAUUUAAAUGAUGAGAGGAGAGCGGUCAUUGAGGUGCAUGCCAAGAGCACAGCCAGCUGUUGCCAUCCCAUACUACGAUGACAUAAUAUUGCACACCCUGGUAGCUAGAAGAGACAGCCUCUGUCUCUAGCUGUGUGUCCACGUAACCUUAGUUCAGGUGAACUUUUUUAUUAUAAUAGUGCUUUUGGUCUGAGGUUACAAGAUUUCUGGCAGGGGAGGGAAGUAACUUUCUAAAGAGGGAAAACACAGAGAAAAUAGAGAGGGAAUUUGGUGCAGUGAGGCAGGAGAAAGAAGGAUGAAGCAAGUGAGACUGCAGGAUAGAGAAGGGGCAAGAGAAGUAUAUAGAACAUCCAAGGAAAACUUUCAGUUCUAGAAGAAAUGGAUUCCAGAGGGGUACACAUGGUAGUUUUUCACCAAAUUUUGCCGUUUUCAUGUUGAGUAUAUGACAAUGAGUGUAACAACUGAAGAAAAAACAAGAGGCAUAAUUCAUCCAACUGGAAAGGAAUCCAUUUAGUGGGCAAGUGUUUUUUAUUAUUAUGCUAGAUCAACUUGUGUGGAAAUGGGAAUCAAACAUAAUAGAGAUAAUUUUCCUUCCAUAUUUUCUUUCCAUUUAUUUCAUCUGCUGGAAAAACUAGAGCAUCAGGAGAGAACUGUACAUAGCUCUCACAGAGAUGAAAGAAAAUGUGGUUUCAGCAGAAUUUGGCUACACAAGAGGCUGGCCUAGCUUAAUAGGCAAUUUAGGCAACUGCCUAGGGCAGCAGAAUUCUAGGAGCUCUAGGCUAAUGGCAAAACUUUCAAACCCAUUUUUUUCAUCCUAGAAGUAUGUGGGGAGAGUUCCUUGCUCCCUAAAACGGAAUGGAGAAAUGGGUUCCAUUGAAAGUCCAUUAAUGUAGAUAUAUGAUGUCUCCUAUCAUUUGCUGGCAUGCAGUCUUCCCUUGAUCCCAUGCAGCUGUAUGGAACAGGGAAGAGAUGCCACCAUGGGAGAAAAUGGAUCAGAAGAAACACAAAUGCCCUUCCCUGUUGUAAAUGUGUGUGUGCACAUGUGCAAAGGAUUCAUUCUCACACAGGGCAGCAAAAUAGUAGUUGCAUAUAUUUAAAUAAAGGGUUCCUCCAAAAUUAAUAUUUGCACCAAAUUGUUACAGAUUUCCGUGGAGAAAUUGAGUCAAAUGGAAGGAGGGCUUUGCUAAGUGGAGCCAAGUAACAGAACUGGGAAUUCUCAUGUCCCACAGCAUUUAAAUCCUUAUACUUUAAAGAGCAUAUUCUCUCCCUCUCUCUUUUAAUUUACCUGGGAACACAUCCUGCUGAAUUGUUUUUAAUAGUCUUACAUAAGAUGGCACUGUGAAUCAUACUGCGCCACUCAUUAACUUAAAGUAGAAAGGGAAACUCAUUGCCCAUCACUCAGUGUUUGAGAGUUGUUCCCAUUUCCUCAGCAAUCAUACUUAAAUGCCACAGUAGAUUAAUGCUGUUCCUCAGGAAUGAGUAGUGGUGCCAUUCAGAACCCCAGUAUCAACUUGCUUUAAAUAUGACUUUAAAGUGUUUUUUAAAAAAAAUAUGUACAUUAUCCAGACAGGCUUCCAUGAAAGCAAUAUUCAGUUUAAACGAGGUUGUCUGCACCUAUGUAUGCAAAGUUGAUCUAUACCUUGUGCGUUGCAGUGAUGUGCGGGUGCCACACUUAUGGGAAUCAGCACUUACUUUAAACUUGAUGCCCAUCUCCAAGUCCACUGCACAAGCAAUCUUAGCUCGUCUGUCACUGAGUUUCUAACUGGGCUUGGAAUCUUGGGGCACAGGUAAAAACAAAAACAGAGCCAUCUAUAUCAAGGGAGACUGCCCAGGUCCACUUCUCUGACUAUUUUAAGAAGCAGGCAAGUGACUAGGUCAGGAAUGGCUUGGGUGCAGGAGCCUCUGCCUAGAUAAGAGCAGCGGAGGGGUUUAGAUCAGGUGGGUAUGGGAGGUAGCAUCCACCAUUACGUUAAUAUGCUAACAUAGAAACCAGGGAGUGUUUGUGGGCAGUCACUUCCAGGCAUGUGCCAUAGUGACUAAUUUAAAUGACAAGUAACUCUUUAAUUUUUAGACAUAUGGUUGGGUUCACCCACCCUGCAGCUUACUAUGACACCCACCCCCAUGAUGGAAUCAGCUUUCAAAUCAGUGUUGUCCGUCCAUCCUUCUUCCUCUACCCUUUGAUUAUCCUUCUUUAUCAAUUCCCCCACCCAUGUUUCCCCCUUGUUCCAACCCUGUGAUUUAUUUAUUGCACGAAUAUAAGUUAUUUUCACGUCCUUUAUGCCAUUCCGCCUUGUGGCCAGGAUGUUGGUACCAGAGCCGUACUUUAUAUUUUAUAUAUGCAAAUCACAUUUUAUCUUCUAUAGAGCAAGAAAAAAGUACUUAUUUAUUUUCUGACUUACAGUAAGUGUCCUGCCAGACUCCUCUGUAUUUUGUAGACUUUACAAAUAAAGCCAGAAUUUUUUUUCCAAAAUGGAGAAGCUGAA